AGUACGGGAUAUAAAUAUGUUGUUGUGUAAAUACUCAAAGAAACACAUCACACAUGUUUAAUAAUAGCCUUCAGUCCUCCACGCUGCAUUGUGAUUGUGACAAUAGGAGGCAGGCAAGUUACACCAGGAACCUAAAGGAGACACGCGCAAAGCGGGGCUCGUGAACGCGCACGGCCGGGGCUGCUGUUGCUAUGAUGCAAUGGCGACUGCGCGGUGGGAAGCGAGCGAGGAGUUGAAUGAGUUCCCUCCACACUUGGAGUGAAGCAGCCGCCGACAGCCAGGAGGACGCCGUCAGUGCGGAGGGACAGACAGCGGGCACGGAGACACUGGCAGGGCCCCGUCCUCCGCCCGUCCUCUACCUGCAAACACACGGCCAGGUGUGUCCGCUCGCCUCCACCGCUCUCCGUGUCAUGCACGUCGGAGAGCGUCCUCACACAUCUGUGUGACGUUGCAGCAAGAGGAGCACCAACACCCUGUUUUUCCCUCGUUAGCCAAAACCCAAGUGAGGAAGGGGGUUGUUUUUAUUUUUUAAUUUUUGUUUAAAUUUCCAGUCGCAUUGUCCUCAAUCAGCGGCGACUCGGUGGACCUAUCCGUGCUUUAAAAAAAAAAACCAUGGCGGAGAGAACCUCGACCGGGUUACUGACGAUGAUGUUGGAGCCCACGCCGGCCGUCGCUGCGACCCUGCCGGCGGAGGUCCGGGAGAAGCUGGCGGAGCUGGAGCUGGAGCUCUCUGAGGGGGACAUCACUCAAAAGGGCUAUGAGAAGAAAAGAGGCAAGCUGUUGGCACCAUACGUCCCACAGAUCCAAGGUGUAGAUCCUUCUCUGCAAAUUGACAACAGGAUCCAGGCCUCCUCCCAAUCUGUCCUCCCAGGUUCCAAACACAACAAGUCCCGGGCGGCCAACACCCGGGAUGAACGCUUCAGAUCUGAUUUGCACACGGAAGCCGUCCAAGCAGCUUUGGCAAAGUACAAGGAGAGGAAGAUGCCAAUGCCCUCCAAGAGGCGAUCUGUGUUAGUUCAGUCUUCUGUUGAGGCAUGCACCCCCCCAGACACCUCCUCAGCGUCGGAAGACGAGGGCUCACUCCGCCGGCAGGGACGUCUGGCCACCUCGACGCCCUACCAGGGCCAGGGCCACCCAGCCGUUGAGCACUGGUUUAACCGUGUCAUCCAGGGUUCGUCCACCUCAUCAUCCGCGUCAUCCACCUCAUCCCACCCAGGAGGGAGAUCCGUCACCACCACCACCACCACCACCACUUCCCACGCAGCCCUCAACGCCAACGCCGCAGCUACCGCGCUGGCUGACUUUAUGGCACACACCCAGCUAGAUAACCACUCGGCGCCCCCCGAUGUGACGGGGCUGUCGGAGCGCUCCUCGCUUCAUACGGAGCAUCCCCAGGUGGCCUCGGUACGAGGCGUUUCCCGGGGCUACAACAACCACACCAGCAUCAUGGAGACUGCAGAUGGCUGUGAGUGGAGAAGUGAAGGAUCCCACAGUUUAAUGGAUGGUGUUCCGGUCAACAGUCGCGUUUCCUCCAAAAUCCAACAGCUGCUCAACACGCUGAAGAGACCAAAGCGGCCGCCGUUGCGAGAGUUCUUUGUCGACGACUUUGAGGAUCUCUUGGAUGUUCAGCAGCCAGAUCUCAACCAGCCAAAGCCAGAAGGCCUUCAGAUGAGCCCCCUGGAAGGAGAGCCUCUCGGGGUGGUCAACAACUGGCCUCCCUCCUUGCCAGCAGCGUUACAUCGGUGGGGCACAACUCAGCCCAAGAGCCCCUGUCUAACGGCACUCGACAAUGCUGGCAAGCCGGUCUACACACUCACCUAUGGUAAACUCUGGACCCGGAGUCAGAAACUGGCCUACACUCUUCUGAACAAGCUGAGUACCAGAAAUGAGCCUUUGCUCGUGCCCGGCGACCGGGUUGCACUUGUUUUCCCCAACAACGACCCUGUGAUGUUCAUGGUGGCCUUCUACGGCUGUCUCUUGGCAGAGCUGGUACCUGUGCCUAUUGAAGUGCCGCUGACCAGAAAGGAUGCAGGAAGUCAACAGAUUGGCUUUCUGUUGGGCAGCUGUGGCGUCACGUUGGCAUUGACCACUGACGCUUGUCAGAAGGGCUUGCCCAAAGCACAAACGGGGGAGGUAGCCACUUUCAAAGGCUGGCCACGGUUGCUGUGGUUUGUGACGGAUGGAAAACAUGUCGUGAAGCCUCCGAAAGACUGGCAUCCUCCGAUACGGGAAGCCAGUAAUGACAUAGCUUACAUAGAGUAUAAAACCAGCAAGGAAGGAAGCACCAUGGGGAUCACUGUGUCCCAUUCAGCCAUGCUGGUCCACUGUCACGCCCUCACACAGGCCUGCGGCUACACUGAAGCUGAGACGAUAACCAACGUCCUGGACUUCAAGAGAGAAGCAGGAUUAUGGCACGGCGUUCUUACUAGUGUCAUGAAUCGGAUGCACGUGAUCAGCAUUCCCUACUCCCUGAUGAAAGUCAACCCCCUCUCCUGGAUACAGAAGGUUCACACAUACAAAGCGAGGGUUGCCGUGGUGAAGUCAAGGGACAUGCACUGGUCUCUGCUGGCCCAGAGAGACCAGAGAGACGUCAGCCUGAGCUCCCUGCGCAUGCUCAUCGUAGCCGACGGAGCGAACCCAUGGUCGAUAUCCUCCUGCGACGCCUUCCUCAACGUGUUUCAGGCACGUGGGCUGCGACCUGAGGUGAUCUGUCCAUGUGCCAGCUCUUCAGAAGCCAUGACUGUCGCCAUCCGCAGACCUCCAGAAAUGGGAGUUCCUCCUCCAGGGAAGGCGGUGCUGUCUAUGGGGGGGCUGAGCCACAGUGUGAUCCGAGUGGACACAGAGGAGAAGCUCUCCGUCCUUACAGUGCAGGAUGUGGGACAGGUCAUGCCUGGAGCUCUGGUUUGUGUGGUGCGGGUGGAGGGGACUCCCUACAUCUGUCAGACAGACGAGGUUGGAGAGAUCUGCGUAAGCUCAGGCUGCACGGGCGUAGCUUACUACGGCCUCCCGGGCAUGACCAAGAACCUCUUUGAGACCAUCCCAGUGACAUCAUCUGGAAUUCCCUUCAGCGACCGACCGUUUACCAGGACGUCACUGCUGGGCUUUGUGGGGCCAGACAGCCUUGUGUUUGUCGUGGGGAAGAUGGAUGGGCUGAUGGUGGUCAGUGGGCGGAGACACAAUGCCGAUGAUGUGGUUGCCACAGCACUGGCAGUGGAGCCCAUGAAGUUUGUGUACAGGGGGAGGAUAGCAGUGUUUUCUGUGUCGGUGCUGCAUGACGAGAGGAUCGUUGUUGUGGCAGAGCAGAGACCAGACGCCUCGGAGGAAGACAGCUUCCAGUGGAUGAGCCGCAUCCUUCAGGCCAUAGACAGCAUCCACCAGGUCGGGGUGUACUGCCUGGCUCUGGUGCCUGCCAACACGCUUCCUAAGGCUCCUCUGGGCGGCAUCCAUAUAUCUGAGACCAAACAGCGCUUCCUGGAGGGCGCCUUGCACCCCUGCAACGUCCUCAUGUGCCCGCACACAUGCGUCACCAACCUGCCCAAGCCCAGACAAAAACAGCCAGAGGUCGGUCCUGCUUCUAUGAUAGUGGGCAACCUGGUGGCGGGCAAGAGGAUAGCACAGGCCUGUGGGAGAGAUGUGACCCAACUCGAGGACAAUGACCAGGCACGUAAGUUCCUGUACAUACAGGAUGUGCUGCAAUGGAGAGCUCAGGCCACUCCAGACCAUCCUUUGUUCCUGGUUCUCAACGCUAAGGGCACGGUGGCGAGCACAGCUUCCUGUUUGCAGCUGCACAAGCGGGCAGAGCGGGUGGCUGCAGCCCUGAUGGGACGCCUCAACACUGGAGACCACGUCGCCCUCGUCUACCCACCAGGAAUCGAGCUGAUUGCCACUUUCUACGGCUGCCUGUACGCCGGCUGUGUGCCAGUCACUGUCAGACCCCCCCAUCCCCAGAACCUGGCGACCACGCUGCCCACCGUCAAGAUGAUUGUUGAGGUCAGUAAGUCGGUGUGUAUCCUGACCACUCAAGCAAUAAUGAAGCUGCUUAAAUCCAAGGAGGCUGCUGCUGCUGUGGAUGUCAAGAGCUGGCCCAUGGUGCUGGACACGGAUGACCUCCCCAGGAAGAAGAGUCCCCAAAUGUACAAGCCCCCGACCCCGGAGAUGUUGGCUUACCUGGAUUUCAGUGUGUCCACAACAGGCAUUUUAGCGGGGGUCAAAAUGUCUCACUCUGCCACCAGUGCCUUGUGUCGCUCCAUCAAACUGCAGUGUGAGCUCUACCCGUCCCGGCAGAUCGCCAUCUGUCUGGACCCCUACUGCGGCCUGGGCUUCGCUCUCUGGUGCCUGUGCAGUGUGUACUCGGGCCACCAGUCCAUCCUGGUCCCCCCUCUGGAGCUGGAGAGCAACGCGUCUCUGUGGCUUGCGGCCGUCAGCCAGUACAAAGUGCGCGUCACCUUCUGCUCGUAUUCAGUCAUGGAGAUGUGCACCAAGGGCCUGGGUUCACAGACCGAAGCACUGCGGUUGCGAAACGUGAACCUGUCCUGCGUGCGUACGUGCAUGGUGGUAGCCGAGGAGAGGCCCCGCAUAGCGCUCACGCAGUCCUUCUCAAAGAUCUUCAAGGACUUGGGGCUCUCGCCGCGCGCCGUCAGCACCACCUUCGGCUGCAGGGUGAACGUGGCUAUCUGUUUGCAGCCCAACAGGUUAGGGAAACUGGCUGAGCAGGGCACCGCCGGGCCAGACCCCACGACGGUUUAUGUUGACAUGCGAGCUCUACGGCAUGACAGGGUUCGCUUGGUAGAGAGAGGGUCGCCACACAGCUUGCCACUGAUGGAGUCUGGGAAGAUCCUCCCAGGAGUGAAGGUGAUCAUUGCCAACACAGAGACUAAAGGACCCUUGGGAGACUCCCAUCUGGGAGAGAUCUGGGUGAGCAGUCCCCACAACGCCACAGGCUACUACACAGUCUACGGUGAGGAGGCGCUGCACGCUGACCACUUCAACACCAAGCUCAGCUUUGGCGACACCCAGACUGUCUGGGCGAGGACGGGCUACCUGGGCUUCCUGCGGCGCACGGAGCUGACGGAUGCCAGUGGAGAGCGCCAUGAUGCUCUCUAUGUGGUGGGCUCUCUCGAUGAGACCCUGGAGCUGAGGGGAAUGAGGUAUCACCCGAUUGACAUCGAGACCUCCGUUAUCCGUUCUCACAAGAGCAUCGCUGAAUGUGCGGUCUUCACCUGGACCAACCUCCUCGUGGUGGUUGUGGAGCUUGAGGGAUCGGAGCAGGAGGCCCUGGACCUGGUGGCCCUGGUCACCAACGUUGUCCUGGAGGAGCACUACCUCAUCGUAGGAGUGGUGGUGGUGGUGGACCCCGGCGUCAUCCCCAUCAACUCCAGAGGGGAGAAGCAGCGUAUGCACCUGAGAGACGGGUUCCUGGCCGACCAGCUGGACCCCAUAUAUGUGGCUUACAACAUGUGAGGGCCCUGCUGCAGGAGGGCCACCCCUCCACGUGAAGAAGAAGCAGGGCAGUAAAUGUGGGGCACAUAAUGGUAGCAGGCCCGGGGUCCGUAUGGCUCCCGCUGAAAGAAUCACGCUCUUCUUCCUCUCUCUCAGAGAGGAACUAUGAAAGAAACAUGGAUGCAAAACUUCACAGCCAGAUGGAAAGACAUUGCAAGAGGAGUAAGAUUGACACAAACAGUGUGUUGUUUUUUUAAAUCCCGGUGAUUUCCAGCCGCACCGGCUGUUGGAGCGUUGUGUGUGUAUGUUCGUACGUGUGACAGCGCGUCUGACUCCUCAAACCCGGGACUCUCACUAGCAGCGCAGCAGGUGGCGACGGGAUGAGAUGUGUCUGCGAUGCACUUGUGCCAUAGAACAGGACCGACACCAGUCCGCUCACCCUGGUUCAAACUGGUUUGAACAGGUUUCAUGUUCACGGAGCCUCCUGUGCCAUUGCAGGUCGUAUGCUUUCCAGAGACAAAUUCUAUCCCACGUACAUUACAUAGUCAUUUCCUCUGUGGGAGCAGCUCCUUGGAUUACAGCUGCACCCUCAAGGGAUAACAUGAUAUUUGAGUUCAGGCUCAGUCAGAUUGGCGUUGCAUCAACAAAGAGUCGCACAGCUGGGCAGUGGGAGGGGCGGCGGGCGUUACGCGUUACUCAUCCCAGCAAAGGUGACUUCAGUUUGUGGCGUCGGUAACGGAAGGUGUAGAAUAAUGUUGUGGUUUGACUUUCUAAAUCUAAAAUGUGUCAUAUAGUUAUUGUUUUAUCUGAACAAAAUGCAAUAUGAGUGACGCGAGAGAUGAAUUUUGAAUGACUGCAGACAAUAAGUGCCGAUCGUUUGAAGUCUUGAGAUGGCGAGGAAUAUAAUCGUUGCGAACUAUAAGCAACCUGCCAAAUGAUAUGAAUUAAGCCUUCAGUGUUUUUCAGACGCCUGAUCCUAUUCCAGCUCCUGUCGAACUUUCAUUUAGUGAAGUUUAUUAGCUGUUGGAUAGGAAGGGCAAAUGCAGAGGGAGGUUAGGUAAGAGUAAUGCUGCUCUUAUUGUGCCCAAAGUCUUUCAUCUUUUUGGCGAAGAUGAGUAAACUUGAUCAUAACAUCAGCCAUGACAAACACACUGACUCCAUAAAUAUGUGUCAUAGUGUCCGUCCCUGUUUAAAGUGCUUCAUAGCAAAAGCCUGGAAUGAAUUGCAGUUGGUAUGUUUGAUGCAGAAUGUGGAGGGCCAUACGGUCGAAUGAGAGAUGAAGUGUUGUGAGUUCCUCUUAACAUAUGAAGGCAGGUCUCUAAUAUGCUAGUAACACCUUGACUUCUCACCUUACCCCAUUGACUCAGCAAAGUUUCACGUCACUGUGUGUCGCUUCUAUUUUCUACGUGCACAUCCCGUCAGAAACGGGCUCCGGCCGCUGUAAGUAUGUACAGGUUUUAUGUAAAUUAUUAAUGGGUGGAGGAGACGACGGGAAGCACAACACAAAGACUGAAUCUGGUAUUUAUGUGACCUUCUCCCUCAGACAAAAACAUAUUUUAAACGUAUCCUCGUGUAUGGACAGAGGGAAGAGACAUGAAAGGCCUUGGAAACAUUUUUGUAGUCGGAGAGAACAGUGGGAACUUUGGACUUCCGCGAGGAGGCGAAGCACAAGGAGACGCCAGUUGUGCCGAGUCGUCACAUCCUCCAGAGCAAACGUUUGUUGUUAACAUAUGAAAAGAAAUAUUUGUCUGAUAUAUGGUUGGUUGUCAUUAUUUUCAUAACAUGAUUUCUUAAUGAAUAAAAAAAAGUGCUUUUAACUUGAAA